CCUCGAUCGACAGUCGAGUGUGCAGAGAUAGUCGCGCUUAGACCAGCCGCUUCAAAAGAAGUACGUGCACGCAAGCAUAUAUAUAUAUAUAUAUAUGUAUAAAAAGAUCGAGAAGGCUUACAUGUUUGGUUAAUUAUCUCGCGGGACAACAGAGCUACCAUUGUAAAUCUACUUUGCGCGCCGCCACUCUCUUCGUUUAUUCUCUCAGUCAGUCACAAAUCAUCCUUGUUUUCGCCACCUCGAGCAAUCUGAAAUUAAAAUGCCGAUCGAUUUUUAUCAACUUCCCGGAAGUCCUCCGUGCCGCGCAGUUGCGUUGACGGCUGCCGCUCUCGACAUCGAGAUGAACUUCAAACAGGUCAAUUUGAUGAACGGGGAACACUUGAAGCCUGAAUUUUUAAAGAUAAACCCGCAACACACGAUACCCACGAUUGAUGACAAUGGUUUCCGUCUGUGGGAAAGUCGAGCCAUCAUGACGUACUUGGCGGACCAAUACGGCAAAAAUGACACUCUGUAUCCGAAAGAUCUGAAGAAACGUGCGAUCGUCAAUCAAAGAUUGUACUUCGACAUGUGCAGUUUAUACAAAUCGUUCAUGGAUUAUUACUAUCCAAUCAUUUUCAUGAAAGCGGUUAAAGAUCAAGCGAAAUACGAAAACAUCGGCACGGCGCUAUCGUUUCUCGAUAAAUUUCUCGAAGGGGAAAACUAUGUGGCAGGGAAGAACAUGACUCUUGCCGAUUUAAGCAUCGUAUCCACUGUCUCCACUUUAGAGGCCCUGGACUACGAUCUCAGCAAAUAUAAGAACGUUACGAGAUGGUUCGCAAAGAUAAAACCCGAGAUACCGAAAUACGAGGAGUACAACAACGCUGGGUUGAAAAUGUUCAAAGAGUUGGUGAACGAAAAGUUGUCGAAAAAGUAAAGCGAGAUGAGAUAAAAUCCGUCCGUUUAUUUUAUUUUAUAAUUCCUUCGUUUUUUAUUAUUCGUAUGAAAAAUUAUUUUACGUAUAAAUAAAUUGUUCUUUGUCCCUUUGGGGGAAUUGAA